CACCACUCCUCGCUCCCUCUCCCCCUCUAUAACCAUUCUUCUUCUCCUCCUCGCCCCUUGCAAUUCCCAAUUCCCAAUUCCAUCAAUUUCUCUCAUUCCAUUCCCCAUCACAGCCGCCAUGGUAAGCAGUAGCACCGGAAGCAACAAAACCGCCUGCGAAGAACCCAGACCCAUACCCGCAUUCCCCACAAAGCACAAGCUCACCCGCGCCGCCGACCAGCUGCCCGGGAUUAGCAAUGCGCUCCAACAAUCGCUGUCCGGCUGCCGCCGCGCACGGCGGCCGGAGGUGCACCAGUCGAAGAAGGCAGCGAAUUGGAUGAAGGGGAGCGAAGGGGAAGAAUCGGCGGCGGUGGCGGAUGAGAAAGCGGAGGUGGAGAAGAAGAUCUUGGCCCUCCAAAGGAUAGUCCCCGGCGGGGAGGCUCUGGGAGUUGAUAAGCUGUUUGAAGAGACGGCCGGUUACAUACUGGCAUUGCAGUUCCAAGUGAAGGCGUUGAGAGCAGUUACGAGCUUCGUUGAAGGGUCGGAAAAGGAAAAGAGAAAACUCGGUGGCUGAAAAUUUUUAAAUAUCAAAACUUCUGGAUUUCUUUUUUCUACGAUCCCACGUAUAGAGUCGGUCCAUCCAAGAAUUUUCUUUGGAUUUUCGGUACAUCUUGUUUUUUUCUUCUUCUUCUUCAUUAAUUACAGACCUUUUUUUUUUUUUGAAUUUUGAAUUUGGGAUCUGGGUUUUGGUUUAUAUUUUCUUGUUUUAUUCAUUAGUGAAUGUGAAUACAGAGUUCAUCGAAGAUGAGAAAAAUAGGGUUAGAGGAUGCACUAUGGUGUUGUAGGAAUGAAUUUCAUAUUUUAUACAUCCUUUUUUCCCAUA